AUGCAGAACUCCGUAGGCGACGUGAUCAACCUCAUCAGCAAGAGUGAGAUCCGUUAUGAGGGUCAGCUGCACUCUAUCAACACUGAGGAAAACACCGUGAGCCUGUCGAAUGUGCGCAUCUACGGUACCGAGGGCCGCAAGGGCGGCGGCGUGGAAGAGGUGCCGCCGACGGAGCAGCUGUUCGAAUUCAUCGUGUUCCGCGGUUCAGAUAUCAAGGACCUGACGGUCUUCCGCGACAACAGCUCCCCGCAGGCGCGCGACCCUGCUAUUGUGGAGGUGCACGCCCCAGUGCGCGGUCGUGGAGGACGCGCCGCAGCCGCGGCUCCUGGACCGGCGGCGGCGACGGUGGCGAGCAGCGCUGCCACUCGUGGCACCCGCUCCUUCUACGACGAGGCUCAGCCGUACAACCGCGGUGGCGGUGGCGCGCGCCGUGGCGGCUACGGCGCCGGCCGCUAUAAUAACAAUAACGGCGGCGGCAACAACAACAGCAACAACCGCAAUCACCGCGGUGGCUACAGCGGUCGCGGCGGAUCGGGCAACUACCGCCGCAACUACCGCGACUGCCACACUGGCCAGGACUUCAAGCCCGCCGACGUUGGCGCGACGGAGAAGUUCGAGGGAGAUUUCGAUUUUGCGAAGUGCCGCGAGGAGUUCGAGAAGAAAAAGAUUGAGUUCGAGAAGGCCAAGGAGGACGCCAAAUCUCACGCCAAGGCCUACAACAAGAGCAACUUCUUCGACACCAUCUCGUGCGACCAGAAGGAGAAGAACAGCAUGAAUCGCGCCGAAAUGCGCAAGGCGGACACCGAGACCUUCGGGUCGGAGAUGGUGAGCAGCAUGCGCGGCUUCCGUCGUGGCCGCGGCGGUCGUGGACGCUACCAGCAGCGUUGA